AUGACGCACAAAGAGGCUCCGCCGGGAGCAUAUCCUCCGGGCACCCAGCUCACGGUGGGAUCGCAUGCCGUGACCAUCAAAAAAUACAUCUCCGAGGGCGGCUUUGCGCAUGUGUAUACGUGCGACAUUUCGCCCGACUUUCGCGGCUCCAGCGUGGCCUGUCUGAAGCGGGUUGCCGUCCCCGACAAGCCCAGUUUGAAUCUGCUUCGAUGCGAGGUGGACGCCAUGAAACGACUGGCAGGAAACGAAUACAUUGUGCAGUACAUCGACUCGCACGCAGCCCGCAACUCCAACGGCCCCGGCUACGAGGUCUUCCUGCUCAUGGAGUACUGCUCACGAAACGGCCUGAUUGACUUUAUGAACGAGCGGCUACGAGAGCGGCUGUCUGAGGCCGAAGUGCUCACCAUCGGCAGCAACAUUGCCGAGGCCGUCUUCUGCAUGCACUAUCUGGACCAACCGCUACUGCAUCGAGAUCUCAAGAUUGAAAAUGUUCUUAUCAGCGGCGACGGCAAGUUCAAGCUGUGUGACUUUGGAUCCGUUUCCCCAGUGCUGCGGCCACCACGAAACCAGAUGGAGUUCCGCAUUCUGGACGACGAUAUCCAGCGACACACAACCGUUCAGUACCGAGCGCCCGAGAUGAUUGACAUUAUGCGGGGCUUCCCCAUUGACGAAAAGUCCGACAUUUGGGCUCUGGGAGUCUUCUUUUACAAGCUGUGCUACUACAUCACACCCUUUGAACAGCAGGGUCAGCUGGCGGUGCUCAACGCGCAGUUUUCGUUCCCGCAACAGCCACACUACUCGGAUGGCCUGAAACACCUCAUCAGCGUGCUUCUACGAGAAGACCCCCGAAACCGGCCAAACGUUUACCAGACCAUCCAGGAGCUGUGUCGACUGCGCAACGUGCCUGUGCCCGAACACAUCACACAGACGUACUACAAACGCAAGGAGGAGCGAAGGCUGGCGUUAGAACAGUGUCAGCCUAUGGGACAGCCUGCAGGAUCUGUGCAGCAGCCCUCUUCUUCGGCUAUUCCUUCUCCUCCAGUCCAGCCUUCUCCUCCCCUGCUGGCCCAACAAGCCUCGGCUGUGGUUGGAGCUGGAGCUGGAGCUGUUCCAGUGCAGGCAUCUUCACAGCUGGAGGUCCCCGCGGGACAUUCUCGGAAUGCAAGCCAAAGCAGUCUGGAGGCGUUUGAUCCCGAUGAGGCCGCAGCCCGGUACCCUACAGUGGAGGAAAUCACGCGGUCGUUGGAAAGCAACAAUCUGUGGGAUAUGCCACCGUCGCGAGGCGUGUCUGAGCAUGCUUCUGCACGAGCCACCCGGGACAAUUCGUACGACAUUUCUCGAAACUCAGUGCCUCCUGCUACUUCAGCCCCCGCACCCGUGCCGUCCAUGCCUGUUCCUCCGGUACAAGACACACCCCAACUGUCUCCCCAGACGGCACCCGCUUCUCUUUCCAACAACAUCAACAUCAACAGCAACAGCAACAGCAACAACAACGACGUCUCUGCGCCUGUGAACAUUCCAUCGUUCAAAGCCAAGAGUGCAUCUCCCCCUGUCCAGUCAUACAAAUCCAACAAUCCAUACCUUGAGGAUGCGGCAGCCAAGUACUCCGCUGCCGCCUCUGCCGAAUCGUCUACCCACCUGGCAGGAGUUACUGUGUCUUCCGAAUCGUCCGAUGACGGAGGAUACUACCAGCCGAAGGUUGAUCGAAGUUAUCGGGAUGAGUUUUCUGCCCCAGUGUCAUCUGCAGCGACACCUAUGGCUGUUCCGGUGGCUACUGCUUCUGCUGCUGCUGCUAAACCUCCCAAGCCUCUGCCCCAAAUUCCGGUUCAAGCUUCGCCCACCAACACCAUGCCUCCUCCUCGAAAACCUGCCCGGCCAAACUCCCUGUACAUGCGACAAAACUCGUCACGUGCGUCCAUCGUGUCCGAUCAUGGAGGUGAGGACGUGCCCCAGUUCCAGUACACGGACUACUCAGGUACUGCCCCCACUGUAGCUACCGGGAAGCCGCUCAACGACCACGACGAGCUGCAGGCCAUUCUCACCGGUCUUUCGGAGCACGAAACCACCGUAGUGUUGGACGACCGCACACACCACCACAUUGACUCGUCUGUGGACUUUCUGCAGGACCAGCAGCAUCGCGAGGGCAGCAGCAGCUGGAAGCUGUUCCGCAGCCUCAGCAGCGGCUCCAAACAGGACCUGUCGUCACCCCAGGGUUCCCACGACCAUAGACGACGGCGCAGCAUCAACAAGAUGCUCCACCGACACCACCGACACAAGCGAGAGAGCCAGGAGUACGGCGGCAACACGGACACCGACGAAGACAGUGCCGACGAACAUAUGCCCACCAUGGAAAAGGCCUUCAAUCUGAAUGUACCCAAGCGCAACAAUCGGUGGAGCAAGUCGUUUGAGUCGCUGAGCAAGCAGGAGGGCGUGUCUGACGACGAGGAUCACCUGCCCGAGCGACGGUCACGCCGGUCCAUGGACGAGCGCCAUUCACGACACGACACUUCUGCUACUUCAAGGAGCAGAGACGGAGGUCGAAAGUCACUAGACGCGCAGCGGUUCGAGAUGCGCCAAGAGGAGCUGCGAGCCCAUGCCAAGGCCAAUGUUGCUAAUGCGGCUGGUGGCUCGUCUUCUUCUUCUUCGGCCGCUCAGGCUGCUGCCCCAAGCUGCCGCUUCCAAAGCUGCCACCUCCCCCCCAGUGACCCGAAAAAGUCUGGAUCUCAGCCGAGUGGAGUCGCGGGUGGACGAAGACAGCGGCAGUAG